UUAAAUACCCAUCACUUCACCUCACUCGUCCCAGACCGACUCUACUGCCAUCACCAGUCUACCAGCACCACCAUGCAGUUCAGUGCCCGUCUUCUGCUGCUGGCAGCCACUGCUCUCUGCUGCUUUCCCACACUAUUUGCAUUUCUGGCCACUAGCCCUCAAUGUCGCUGUGUGAACACCAGUAGAUCCCCUAUGAGUUCCCAGCACUUCAAGAGCCUUCAGAUCUUUCCUCCUACUGCCCACUGCCGCAACACUGAAAUCCUGAUCACCCAGAAGAAUGGUAUUACAGUGUGUGUGGACCCUGAAGUAAACUGGAUCAAGCCCAUCAUCGAGAAAGUUUUAAAGAGAAGCAAAAGACGUGCAGAGUCUCCAGUGCAAACCAAAACAUCUUCUUAACGUGAGCAGCGUACCAGACUUCAUGACCAUCAUGAAAAUCACUGCAUUCAUUCCUGUCUUCUACUGUCUUCAACAUAAGCAAAAAUACUGUGUGAUUAAGCUAAUAAUGCAUUUUAGAUGAACACAGGUAUCAGAAACUCAUAAUGUGAACAAAAAGCUUUAUUAAAUAAAACCAGCACUUUUUAAUAAA